UAUGACACGCGUGAUGGGAGAUGAGACUGGCGUGACAUUAUAAAUCAAGUUUAUGCAAAUUUGAGUUUCAGCACCACACGCUUCGAAUAUUGAUCAGUUACUUCUGCCGGAACGAAUUUACGGUUAGAAAAGUUUUGAAGGACAAUGACUGAUUCCGAACGGGACAGAGGGUAUAGUUAUCUCGAAGAGACAGAAGCCAAGCCGUUACCCAUUGGCAAUGGGUCUCCCAGAAUAUCUCACCGCGUCGAUCACGGCAAGCCGCUUCAAGUAAACCAGGCUUCGCUGUUCAAGCAAAUCUUGAAAUGGAGAAAAUAUUUAAUCCUGAUUUUGACUCCAAUACUUCUGAUGCCCCUACCCAUUGCUGUAAAAGGAACGGAAUCCCGUUGUGCGUAUUGUAUUCUGAUCAUGGCGGUGUAUUGGGUGACCGAGGUUGUGGAGUUAGCUGUCACAGCUCUUCUGCCAUUGGUUCUCUUCCCCUUGUUUGGGGUCCUGGGCUCUAAACAAGUCUCUACUCCUUACUUCAAGGAUACUAACGUGCUUUUCCUUGGUGGCCUGAUUGUGGCAGUCGCUGUAGAGCAGUGGAACUUACACAAACGAAUUGCUCUUCGAGUUCUCCUGUUGGUUGGAGCUCAACCUCGCAGUUUGAUGCUUGGAUUUAUGCUGACGACAGCAUUUCUCUCCAUGUGGAUCAGCAACACAGCUACAACAGCCAUGAUGGUGCCGAUUGUUGAGGCGGUGUUGGGUGAAAUAAAGAAUGAGAGCAUUAAGAAUCAACUUGAGAAAAACAACCAGGAUAAUACUCAGGCGGACGAGAUUGACGAAGUUGUUCCUCAACAUGCAACAUUUCAGCUUGGUUACAUGAAAGAGCACAACGAAAACGACGAGAGGAAGACGGUCAGUAUCCAGGAACCCGAGAUCACCAGGGAGAAAAAUGAAAACGAUGGCGGAUUCCAGUACAAGAAAGAUGAGAGAACGUCUGCCGUAAACUUACUGAGAGAGGAAAACGAGAUUGAGGCAGCAGAAACUAUGUACUACAACAGAUUGUGCAAGGCUAUGAUGUUAGCUGUUGCGUACGCUGCAAAUAUUGGCGGCACAGCUACACUGACGGGAACUGCUCCGAAUCUGGUCUUCAGUGGACAGGUUAACAGUCUCUAUCCCAACAGCCCAGGUUUUAGCUUUGCCUCGUGGUUUGGUUUCGCUUUUCCUCAAAUGGUGGUGCUUCUUCUUGUUGCAUGGGUCUGGAUUCAGCUAAUCUUCCUCAAAUUUAGUUUCCGCGAGUGUUGUCACAAGUGCUUCUGUUGUUGUUUCCGUAAGUCGCCGAGGUCACAGCAGAAGGACAACCAAUCAACACGAGCCAUGAAGCAGGUUUUAGUGGAUCAGUACAGAGCUCUGGGACCCAUGUCGUUUGCCGAGAAAGCUGUCCUUGGUCAUUUCAUCUUGUUGGCCUUGCUGUGGCUCUUCCGUGAUCCUAAAUUCAUCAAAGGAUGGGCCAUUAUAUUUGAGAAGGAUUUCGUUCGAGAUGCCACUGUGGCCAUGUUUAUUGCAUUCUCCUUGUUCGUGUUUCCUUCAAAAAGGCCAAGGAUCUAUGCACCUGAUGGAUCAGUGAACAAGCCGCCACCAGGCCUUCUGCAAUUCAAGGAAAUGUCAAGAAAGUUUCCAUGGAAUGUUGUCAUCUUACUUGGCAGCGGGUUUGCUUUGGCAGAUGCUUGCAAGGUGUCCGGUCUGUCCAAGUGGGUUGGUUCACAGCUGGCCAAUCUUGACGCUAUUCCAAGUUAUGCAAUUGUUAUCAUUGUGUGUGUCAUGAUCACCACUUUCACAGAGGUCACCUCAAACACCGCAACCGCCACCAUCUUUCUUCCGAUUUUGGCCUCGCUUGGAGAGGAGAUUCGUGUUCAUCCGUAUUAUCUUAUGCUUCCUGCUGCCAUUUCCUGCUCGUUUGCUUUCAUGUUACCGGUCGCUACACCUCCAAAUGCCAUUGUGUUCGCUGGUGGACAUCUGAAAGUGAAAGACAUGGCAAAAGCUGGUGUGGGAAUGAACAUUCUGGCCGUCACAGUGUUGAUGAUUUGUGUGCACGCCUAUGGUGUUCCUAUGUUUGACCUUCAUAAUUUCCCGUCGUGGGCUGCAAGUGGAGGCCCAACACCAACCCCUACUCCUUCUGGCAAUGUCACGCUACUUUGCGGCAAUAUCACGUCAUCAUAGGCUGCGCGCGCGUUCCUAUUUUAGAGACCUGUAGGUCCUAUUGUGAAUACCAAAUUUGAUCGCAAGUUUCAAGCAAAACACCAAGAAAACAUAUGAAUUCGAGAAGGCUUGCUUUUGAACUUUACGAACAAUAUAACUGACGAGAUUAGUUUGUUUGAGGAUAGUUAUGCCGUUUUGAGGUUGUAAUAACCUGUGAGCUUCACCUACCUGUCAAGGCCUAAAUUUGUCUUAACACAACGAUAUUCCUAAAACCUCGUGGCAGUAAAGAAAGACUGUGAUCACGUUUUCCUGCUAAAAUGAUUCUCCUUCACAGGCGCGCACUAAUUUUGUUUGACAGCUCUCGUAAUAAUAAUAAUAAUAAUAAUAAUAAUAAUAAUAAAUAAUAAUAAUAAUUCAUCUUGAAAUGUAUACAAACGACUUUACUUCAUGAGUAUGCAAUGGUGCAAAAUGCUGAAUAUUCUAGUUCUGAUGUAAAACCUCCAAGAGAGAAUGAAAGGUGAGGGAGUUCACACCACACCCCUACCCCCCACAGUAUAGACCUUCUUAGGGUACAUCUAGUGAAUAUUGCUGACACGCGUGUCUCAUGGAUGUUUAGUAGGGGAUGAAAAUGCGUAUAAAACCGUUUGGGUUGUCCACGUGACCAAAGUCCGCGUCACAGGAUUGGCUAUGUCUAGGCCCCUCUGGGAUUUCCGAAACCGGAAGUGAUCUAAAAAUAACUUAACGGGGAUUACCUUGAGAAUAAGGCCUAACCUGAUACCCUUCAUACUCUCUUGACAGCCUCACUUUAGAAAAACUUUGUACGAAAUGUGUAUGCUUUAUUUGUAAUAAAUUUGAGAAGGCGUUCACUUGA